AUGAGGGUCAUGAAGGGUGGGACGAGGUUUAUGGUUUCACUAGAUUUCCUACCAAGAGGCUCAGGAAUUGUUACAAGGAGACCACUUGUCCUUCAACUCAUCAGUUCAACUUCAGAGCAUGCCGAGUUUCUGCACUGUAAAGGAAAGAAGUUUACAGACUUUGAUGCUGUCCGACGGGAGAUCGAAGCAGAGACAGACAGAGUCACGGGAACAAAUAAGGGCAUAUCCUCCAUUCCCAUCAACCUUCGUAUCUGCUCUCCAAAUGUUUUGAACCUCUCACUGAUAGAUCUUCCAGGCAUAACUAAAGUACCAGUGGGAGAUCAGCCCCCUGACAUUGAAUACCAGAUCAGAGACAUGAUCAUGCAGUUCAUCUGCAGAGAGAAUUGUCUCAUCCUGGCUGUCACACCCGCUAACAUGGAUCUGGCUAACUCUGAUGCUCUUAAACUGGCCAAAGAUGUGGAUCCACAGGGCCAUCGCACCAUCGGUGUGAUCACUAAGCUGGAUCUGAUGGACAAGGGCACAAAUGUCAGGGACGUGCUGGAGAACAGGUUACUGCCACUACGCAGAGGUUAUGUUGGUGUGGUAAACCGUAGUCAGAAGGACAUUGAGGGAAAAAAGGACAUCAGUGCAGCUCUGGCUGCAGAAAGACGGUUCUUCAAGUCACAUCCUGCAUAUAGACAUAUGGCAGACUGCAUGGGCACUCUGUACUUACAGAGGCUCCUAAACCAGCAACUUACCAACCACAUUCGUGACACAUUACCAGCAUUACGCAGUAGACUACAGGGUCAGCUUCUGUCACUGGAUAAAGAGGCAGAGGAGUACAAGUGUUUGAACUCAGAUGACCCCUCACGAAAGACCAAGGCCUUAAUGCAGCUGAUACAGCACUUUGGGCUAGAUUUUGAGAAGCGGAUCGAGGGAUCUGGGGAUCAGGUGGACACAGUGGAGCUUUCAGGAGGAGCCAAAAUCAACCGCAUCUUUCAUGAACGUUUUCCCUUUGAGCUGGUUAAGAUGGAGUUUGAUGAGAAAGAAUUACGAAGGGAGAUCAGUUACGCCAUCAAAAAUAUCCAUGGCAUCAGGACAGGCCUGUUCACACCCGAUAUGGCCUUUGAAGCCAUAGUGAAGAAGCAGAUUGUGAAGCUUAAAGUACCAUGUCUCAAGUGUGUAGACAUGGUGAUUCAGGAGCUCAUCAACACAGUACAACAGUGUACCAACAAGUUAGAGUCCUUUCCAAAACUACGGGAGGAGACGGAGAGGAUAGUGACCACACACAUUCGGGAACGAGAGAGUCAAGCCAAAGACCAGGUUUUACUCUCACUAGAGAUUCAGCUCUCUUACAUCAACACAAACCAUGAAGAUUUUAUUGGGUUUGCAAACGCUCAACAGAAAACCAAUCAAACGAGUAAGAAGCCUUCGGCAGGGAACCAGGUGAUUCUCAAGGGCUGGUUAACCAUCAACAACAUCAGUCUGAUCAAGGGAGGGGCCAAGGAGUACUGGUUCAUGCUCACCGCAGAGAGUCUGUCCUGGUUUAAAGAUGAUGAGGAAAAAGAGAAGAAAUACAUGCUUCCUCUGGACAACCUGAAGGUACGAGACAUAGAAAAAGGCUUCAUGUCCAGCAAACAUGUGUUUGCCAUCUUUAACACAGAGCAGAGGAACGUGUAUAAGGACUACAGGCAUCUGGAGCUGGCCUGUGACACUCAGGACGAGAUGGACAGCUGGAAGGCCUCUCUGCUGCGAGCUGGGGUUUACCCAGAGAAAACCACAGUGGAUGGAGAGGGUUCAGCUCAGGCGGAGAGCUUCUCCAUGGACCCUCAGCUAGAGCGUCAGGUCGAGACCAUCCGCAACCUGGUUGACUCAUACAUGAGCAUCAUCUACAAAAGCAUCCGCGACCUGAUGCCCAAGACCAUCGUGCACCUUGUCAUCAACAAUGUAGAGGAGUUUAUCCACUCCGGGUUGCUGGCUCAGUUGUACUCCUCAGGAGAUCAGUACUCUCUGAUGGACGAGUCUCCUGAACAGGCCCUGCGCAGGGAGGAGGUGCUGCGUAUUCACACUGCCCUGAAGGAGGCUCUAAACAUCAUCACUGACAUUUCCACCUCUACCAUCUCCACCCCGUUGCCACCCCCAGUAGAUAACUCCUGGCUUCAUAGUGGCUCUCUUCACCGAAGGUCUCCUCCAGGUUAUAGUGUCCCUAAAAAGCAUCCUGCUCCGCCUGCUCCUUCUCUACCAAUUCGCUUGGAAGCUCCUGCCCCACCGGUCUCCAACAGCAUAGACACCACCAACACUACCAGCCGCCCCAAACGAGUCCCUCCUAGUGUUCCCAGGAGACAGCCACCGGCGGUGCCCACUCAACAGCCACACUGAGACACAAAUGCCCACCUGUGAGAGAAAAAGCGCCAACGACAAGAUCUGCUUGAAUUGUCAUUAAGAGGACAGCAAAGAUUCACAUCUUAGACACAGUGGAAAACUAUCAAAACAGAUUUGGAGGUAGCAAAACUCUU